GAUUUGAUUUUAAAGAUGACAUAAAGAUAAUCGUAACAAGUACAUAAUUGCAUUGCUCAUUAUUUAUUUAUAAUAAAAGUCAGAAUCAGUAAAAAAUUAUCGCAAUAAAUAUUUCUUUAUAACAUUUUACUGAAUGAGUUCAUGCAAGAAACUAAAUAUUAGACAAAAUUUAAGUAAUAGUACAAAUACAAUUUAUUUUAAUUAAACUUAAUAUAUUAUAUAUUAUAAAGAAAAAAUUAGGAUAAACAAUGUGGUCCUAUCAAGUGUGUGCAAUUAUUUGUCUUAUUUUUGGUAUAUAUGUGUUUAUAACAAAUAUGUUCUCAGAGGGAUUAUUCAGCAUUAAAAAUAAUAUAUUUAAGAAUUUACCACUCGUUAAAGGUAAAGACAUGUACAACGAGUGGAUAUUACCAGUAUCUUUAAUCUUUAAAUGUUACUUAUUUAAUGUUACGAAUCCUGAUGAAGUGAUGCAAGGAGAUAACCCAAAUCUGGUUGAAUAUGGUCCAUUCACUUACAAAGAAGUAUUCGAAAAACAAAUAGUGGAUGUGAAUGAAGAAUUGGACGAAAUUAUCUAUGAUGUAAAAUCAACGUUCAGGUUUGACAAAUAUGCAAGUUUGAAUAUAUCUAAACGUGAUACAGUUACUAUAUUAAAUCCUGCAUACAUUGGAACUAUAUCGAUGUUAAACACUUUACCUCCAACUUAUAUGGAAAAAUUUGGUAAUAAUAUACCAAAAUUAUUUCCAAAUCAAAAGAGUAUUUUUUUAAAAGCUAAUCCUAAGGAAAUACUUUUUGAUGGAGUUAAACUUACAUGUAAUGAAAGAAAAUUCCCUGAAUUGAAUAUGAUAUGCAAAACAUUGAAGACACUUCGAUCACCUGUAUUAAAAGAAGGCGAAAAGGACGGCGUUUAUUAUCUUAGUGUCUUUCAAAGAAUUAAUGGUACUAUUCGAGGACGAUUUUCUGUUAAUAGAGGUGUUAAUAAUAUAACUGAAUUAGGUAAUAUAUCAUCUUAUAAUGGGAGAAGAGUGCAAACAAUAUGGAGAACUGAGAAAUGUAAUACAGUAAGAGGAUCUGAUUCAAUUACUUGGGCACCAUUAGUAAAUCCAUUGCCUUCAGUUUUAACAUUUGUAUCAGAUUUAUGCAGAAGUAUAGAAACGGAUUAUGAUAAGAAAGUUUCGAUAUACGGUUUAAUCGGAUACCGAUAUGUCAUGAAAGAAAGAACCUGGUUCCUGAACACAUCGCAGUGUUAUUGUUUGGAAAAAAACAAAGUACCAAAUUGUUUGCCGCAGGGUUUAAUCGAUGUCACAGAUUGUCUGAAAAUACCGAUAAUCAUGUCAGAACCUCAUUUUUUACACGGUGAUCCGCAACUCUUGAUGUAUGCACGUGGCUUAAAUCCGAAUGAAGAUGAGCACGAGACAUUUAUCGUUAUAGAACCAUACACUGGGACACCUCUUUCUGGACAAAAGAAAAUACAAUUAAAUUUGAAAUUGGAAAGACAACCAGUCGAUUUGCUUUCAAAUAUCAGCGAGGGAUAUUUUCCUCUUUUGUGGUGCGCGAACGGAAACACGCCAGACUUAUCCGUUAUAAUAUUAACGUUUCAAUUACUCCGUCUUGCAAAACUCAUCAAAUUCAUAGAUGUAAUUCCUUUGAUGAUUGGAAUUCACAUGACCAUCGUGACUAUGCUUUACUGCAAUUGUAAAAAACGCAAACGACAAUCAACAAUUUCAAUCGCAGAUUCAUUAUUAAUAUCAUCGAAUUCGCAGUCGAACAAUGCAUGGAGAUCUACAUAA